GGUUGGUUGGGGUCAAGCAUCUCAGUUCCAAAGUCGUUAUCUCCUCCACGAUCAUUUGGGUUUGGGAGAGCCGUGGGUGCAGAGGGAACAUGAGAGCUCAGAGCUGAUCAAACUAACACCAGAGCUGAGAAACACUGGAGACGGAACGUGAAGGUUCAGUUAUGGGCCUAAAAGGGCUUCAUGUUUUGUCUUUACUGCUGCUGACCCAAGGAUUUCAUCUUGUACAAGGAAGCUGUGGCAUUAAUGAGUUUCAGUGCACCAAUGGUCAGUGCAUUAGCAAAGAAUGGCGAUGUGAUGGAACUAAAGACUGUACAGACGACUCAGAUGAGCUCAACUGUCCACCUCCAUCCUGCACUUCACAGGAAUUUAAGUGUGUGACAAGUGGAGAGUGCAUCUCAUCAGGGUUUGUCUGCGAUGGGGAGGAGGACUGCGUCGAUGGCUCAGAUGAACAGAGAACCUGCGGUGGACGAACCUGCAGCCCAAACCAGUUCACCUGCCAGGAAGGCCAGUGUAUCUCUCUUAGUUACAGAUGUGACCACAUGAUGGACUGUGUGGACAACUCCGAUGAGAGGAACUGCAAUUAUCCACAGUGCACCGAGAAGACCUGUGCUAACGGGGCCUGUUACAGUAACUCUCAGCACUGCAAUGGACUGCAAGACUGCAGGGAUGGAUCUGAUGAACUUAACUGCACCCAACAUUGUCCCAUCCACCAGUUUCAGUGUACCAAUGGCUACUGUGUCCCACAGUCGUUUGUGUGUGAUCACUGGGAUGACUGUGGGGACAACAGUGAUGAGCAAGGCUGUGUGUACCCGAGCUGUAGUGGUAGUGAGUUUGCAUGUUCCAGUGGUCGUUGCAUUCCUCAGCGUUGGGUGUGUGACAAGUUCAACGACUGCGGGGACUACAGCGACGAGAAAGGAUGUGACAGCAAUUCAAGAGACUGUUACCCUGGUGAGUGGGGGUGCCCUGACUCAACCGUGUGUAUACCUGUGGGUAAAGUGUGUGAUGGCAAACCCGACUGUCCUGGAGGUACAGAUGAGACCAACUCCACAACACACCAAACAUGCAGCUUGGAUCGGUGUUCCGUGUUGAGCUGUGAGUUUCUCUGCCACCCUUCUCCUCAAGGUGGAGCGUGUUACUGUCCAGAGGGCUUUAUAGUAGCAAAUGACAGUCGUUCCUGUGUAGAUUACAAUGACUGUGAGAUCUGGGGGAUCUGUGACCAGCUGUGUGAGGAUCGCCCUGGGACACACCACUGUAGCUGUGCAAAUGGAUACUUUUUGGAGCAAGGUCAUAUUUGCAAGGCUAACGUAUCAGUUGGAUUACCGCAGCUUAUUUUUACCAAUGGGGGUGAUGUGAUGAUGGCUGACAUACAUGGGCGUUUUGUCAGAACUCUGGUGCCAUCUCAGGGCAGAGGUUUUGGUGUAGGGGUGGCCUAUGAUUUUUAUAGCAACCUAGUCUUCUGGAGUGAUACAUACAACCAAAAGGUUUACUCUGCCAACUACAAUGGGGAAAACAUCAAGGAGGUUUUGACUACAGCAGUCCGUAAUGUACAGAAUCUUGCUGUAGACUGGGUCAACCUAAAACUGUACGUUUUAGAGGCCAUGGUGGAGCGCAUCGAUAUGUGCGACUUUAGUGGAGGUAACCGGGUGACACUUAUCGCUGAAAACCUGGAGAGCCCUCAUGGCCUUGCACUGGAUCCUACGGUGGGCUACAUGUUCUUCACAGACAUGGGUGUCGGGCAGAAGAAGACAAAGCUUGAACGUGCCUUUAUGGAUGGCAGUAAUCGUGUGGAGUUGGUCAAAAACAGACUUGGCACACCAACUGGAGUUACCCUUGAUAUUGUCACCAGGAGGGUCUACUGGUCCGAUAGCCACUUUGACACAGUGGAGACUGUCACAUAUAACGGUUUGAACAGGAAAAUAGUUCUCAAUGGUGGAACACAGUCUCCACAUCCCUUUGGGAUGGCUGUGUUUGAAAACCAUGUAUUCUUUACCGACUGGACAAAGAUGGGUGUCAUUAGAACCAACCGGUUCAACGGCAGCGACCCAGUACUUCUUUAUCGUACUGCAAAGCGGCCAGGCCAUGUUGUGGUAUCACACCCUGUCCUGCAAACCCUUGCAAUGAACCCUUGUGGGAGAAACAACGGUGGGUGUCAGCACAUCUGCGUGUUGAGUCACCGCUCUGACAAUAAUGGUUUGGGCUUCCGCUGUAAGUGUCGCUAUGGAUACGACCUUCAGCAUGAUCAUCGAACCUGCUUCAAGGUGAAGGACUUCCUGCUGUUGGCCACCUCUUUGGUAGUGAGAGGAAUCCCUCUUAACUUAACCCUCCAGGAGGAUGUUAUUCUUCCACUAACAGGACUUGGAACAUCGUUCUCUGGCUCUGCUGUGGAAUUUGAUGGGAAUGAGGAGGCUGUGUUUUUCAAUGACAGGUCCUCAGGCCUCAUUUACAAGUCCAACCUCAAUGGCACCAUUCAGCAGAUAUUAACUGGCUACAGAGUGGGAAGUAUUGAUGCUAUGGCUUAUGAUUGGACCUCCAAGGUUUUGUUCUGGACCACAACUACCUACAGGGCGAUUGUGGCUUUCAGAGUCACAGAUAAGUCCAGGCGAGACAUUGUCACUGGAUUGAGGAACCCAAAGGGUAUCGCAGUCCAUCCCAGUGCUGGCUACUUGUUCUGGUCAGACUGGUAUCGUCCAGCAGUCAUAAUGAAAGCCUUCACUGAUGGCAGCAAUGCUGUUCCUCUCGUCAACACAACGCUGGGAUGGCCUUAUGGACUUGCUCUUGACUAUGUAAUGGACAGGCUUUACUGGGUGGAUUCCCUUCUUGAUCAGAUCGGUCACAUUGGCAUUGAAGGAACUGACAGACAGACUUUUACCAACAUCGGCCAAAUCACACAACCCUACUCUUUGACUGUUUAUUCAGACUACUUGUACGUGUCAGAUGUAAGGACUAGAGGAAUAUUCGAAAUGAGGAAAAGUGAUGGAGGAGGCAAUAUCAUGAUCCGGCAAGGAGUCCCCGGUGUCAUGAACAUCAAGGCCUACACAGCUGACCUCCACAGCACCUUCACCAGCCGCUGUAAUGUGGUGCCUAAUGGGCUCUGCAGCCACUUCUGUUUCCCAACUCCCUCCUUCAGCCGGGUGUGCGGCUGUCCGUAUGGAAUGAAGCUUCAGCCCAAUCAGAGAGAUUGCAUUAAGGAUGAAUCGGUUCCCCCACCUGACAACAACUGUGGUGACUACUCCUUUGAGUGUGAUGAAGGCCGCUGUAGGCCCAACUCCUUCCGCUGUGAUGGGAUUAUUGAUUGUGUCGAUCGAACUGAUGAGACCAACUGCACUAAUACAGGAGCCACCUGCUCUCCACUGGCUUUUACCUGCAACAACAAGCACUGCAUUUACUCCAGCUGGCGCUGUGAUGGCUUGGAUGACUGUGGAGAUGGUUCAGAUGAAGUGAACUGUCCCACUCGUCUCCCCACCACAUGUGCUGCAAACUUCUUUACCUGCAACAACAACAGGUGUAUCGCUAAAACAUGGGUAUGUGAUGGUGAGAACGACUGUGGUGAUGGGUCAGAUGAACACAACUGCAAUUCAACCAUCACCACCUGUCCUUCCGGCUUCUUUUUGUGUCCUGACCAUCGAUGUAUCAGCAACUUCUAUGUGUGUGAUGGAGACCAGGACUGCCUGGAUGGAUCAGAUGAGAAAGAUUGUGAAUUUUCCUGUCAGUCCUAUGAGUUUGCUUGUGCCAGUGGAGAUCAGUGUGUCAGUUCCAGUUACCGCUGCGAUGGCGUGUUUGACUGCAGGGACCAUUCAGAUGAACAAAAUUGCCCCACCCGAGGUCCAGGCCUUUGCCACAAAGAUGAGUUCCAGUGCCAGACGGAUGGUUUCUGCAUACCAGACCAGUGGGAGUGUGACGGCCAUCCAGAUUGUGAAGAUGGAUCUGAUGAACACAACUCGUGCCCAGCUGUCACCUGCAGGCCCAAUGAUUUCCAAUGUGCCAACAAGAUGUGCAUCCCCACAAGCUGGUUGUGUGAUGGGGAGAAUGACUGCCGGGACAUGAGUGAUGAGCAGAACUGCCCCACCCCUCCAUAUAGCUGUCCCUCUGGACAGUGGCUCUGCCCCACUGAUCAGGUGUGCAUCGACCUUAACAAGGUGUGCAACGGACAGAAAGACUGUCCCAAUGGAGCAGAUGAGUCACCUAUCUGCAAUGAAGAUGACUGUGCACUGAACAAUGGAGGCUGCAGCGAUGGUUGUGUCCAGGGACCUUUUGGGGCUGAGUGCACCUGCUCACCAGGAUUUCAACUCAUGAAUGACUCCAAGACUUGUGAUGACAUUGAUGAGUGUCUGAUCCCUGGUUUCUGCAGUCAGCAGUGUUACAAUGAGAGAGGAAGCUUUAGAUGCCACUGUUCAGACGGUUACAUCCUGGAACCCGAUGGACGCACCUGUAAAGCUACUGACCACGAGGCAGCUUUACUUUUGGUUUCCAGACGUAGUCAGAUCAUUGCCAGCCAGGUGAACGUGAACCCCCCCUUGAUGCGUCCAGUGGUCAGUGGUUCAAGCAUCAUAACCGUUGACUUUGACCGUGUGACAUCCAGAAUCUACUGGGCUGAUUCCUCACUGAAGAAAAUACGAAGUGCCUACCAGAACAGCACUGAUAUACAAGACGUAUUCUCCAGUGGUCUGAUGGAACCAGAGACUAUUGCUGUGGACUGGGUGGGUCGAAAUCUUUAUUGGACUGACUCUGUUAUGGAAAACAUUGAUGUUUCUACCCUGGAUGGUCGCUUUCGAAAGGUCCUUUUGAGCAAGAAUAUCACAAGUCCUCGUGGUCUUGUUUUAGACCCUCGUAACUAUACGUACCUUAUGUUCUGGUCAGACUGGGGUCAGAACCCCAGGAUUGAGCGAGCCGCCAUGGAUGGAUCAGCAAGACAAGUCAUCGUCAGAACUAAGGUCUUCUGGCCUAAUGGGCUGACUCUGGACUACACCACACGCAGAGUCUACUUUGCAGAUGCUUACCUGAAAUAUAUUGACUACUGUGACUAUGAUGGUGGAAACCGCCACCAGGUCAUGGCGAGUGACAUGAUUCUUCAGCACCCACAUGGGAUGACAAUCUUUGAAGACAGCAUCUACUGGUCAGAGCGCUAUACCAGCAAGGUGAUGAGAACCAACAAGUUUCAUGGAGGAAACAUCACUAUUGUAAUGAACAAUAUCUACCAGCCCAUGGGCAUUGUUAUGGACCAUCCCAUCAAACAGCCUGCAGCCAUCAACCCUUGUAAAGAGCACCUUUGCUCACAGUUGUGCCUGCUGUCAAAUCUGAGACCCAGAUACUACACCUGCCACUGUCAGUCGGGGUGGAAGCUGGAUACAGACCAACGCUCCUGUAUCAAAGAUGAGGCUCCCUUCCUGAUGGUGGUCAGGGAUUCUGUGAUCCUUGGCAUUCCGUUGGACCCCUCUGAUCCCUCAAACAACGCCAUGGCCCCUGUGUCUGGUAUCAGUCAGGGACGAGACAUUGACUUUGAUGACCAGGAGCAUUUUGUCUAUUGGGUGCAGAGCACUGGUUCCAUUUGGCGUGUGAAAACCAGCGGCACCAACAUGUCUGAGUUUGCUCCAGCUGCAUUCAUGGGCUCACCAUCUGGUUUGGCUUUUGAUUGGAUAAGCAGAAUGAUGUAUUACACCAACCCUACCAGCAGAACCAUUGAAGUAAUCCGUGUGGAUGGAAAUGAGAAGUACCGGAAAACCCUCAUCACCUCAAAUGGGAAACCAGAGGGAGUAGGAGAGCCCAUUGGAAUUGUCCUGGAUCCAGUUCGAGGGAAACUAUUUUGGACAGACAAAGGCUCAGAUAGUGGAGUUCCUCCCAAGGUUGGCAGUGCUGACAUGGAUGGAGGCAACCCCAGGAAUCUGUACACCGAAAACCUGGAGAACAUAGGUUUUAUCACUGCUGACAUCUCAGCCAUGAAACUUUACUGGGGGGUAGCGGGCUCAGGGCUGAUUGAGAGCGGCACCAUGGAUGGUGUAACCCGUGUGACUGUGGUCACUGGCCUCUCUCAUCCAUGGGGGCUGGCCAUCUACCAGAACUACCUGUACUACACCGAUCUGGACUAUGAAGUCAUUGAGAGGGUGGAGAAGGGAAAUGGUGCAAAUAUGGUGGUCAUGAGGAGUGGCAUGUCUGGACUACGUUCCCUCAAAGUGCAUGCCAGAGACAAUUCAGCAGGUUCCACCAAUGCCUGCAGCUCCAACAAUGGAGGCUGCCCACAACUCUGCCUCCCGAAACCAGACAAUCAAAAGACCUGUGCAUGCACCACGGGAUUUUACCCCUCUCAGGACGGCACACGCUGUGAACAGUACGAAUCGUUUGCUGUUGUCUCUACCCUUAAAUACAUCCGUGGCUUCCACAUAAACAGCUCUGACCACUCAGAGGCGAUGGUGCCUGUUGCUGGAACAUCCUAUUCCAUUAAGGACAAAGUGGACCUCCACAUUGAGUCAGGCUUUGUGUACUGGAGUGACAACAGCACUUAUACUUCAUACAGAGGGAUCUUCAGGUCCAAAACAGAUGGAGGAAGUUAUAGCCACAUUAUCAGCACAGGUGUUGGAAUAAGAGGCAUUCAGGGUCUGGCAGUAGACUGGAUUGCAGGUAACUUGUACUUUUCCAAUGCCUUUGAUGGUGAAACCUUCCUAGAAGUGCUCGCCAUCAACACCACCUACAGAAUGAUCCUCCUUAAGAGCUCCCAGGACCAGCCCAGAGACCUGGCAGUCAGCCCCAAACUUCGAUAUCUUUUCUGGGCCGAUGGUGGCCAAACACCCAAGAUUGAGCGUGCCUUGCUAGAUGGCACAAACCGCACAGUUCUGGCAUCAAAUAGCCUAGCAUCACCUCGUGGUCUAACAGUUGAUUACACUAAUGACUUUCUCUAUUGGACUGACGAUGUUCUUGAUAUGAUCUCCCGAAUGGCCGUGGAUGGAACACAGAGGCAGAUUAUUCGUUUUGGGAGCCGCUAUCCAUCUCCUGUAGGAAUGGCUGUUUUUGGUAAUAACAUGCUGUGGGUGGAUAAAAAGCUCGGUAAGCUCUUCCAGGCCAGCAAGGACCCAGCUAAUACCGACCAGGCAGUGGUAAUCCGUGACAGUCUUGAUGGGCUGAUGGAUGUCACCAUCUUUGACUCUCACGUCCAGCCUACAUCUGCCAACCAGGUAGGCUUCAACCCCUGCCAGGAGAACAACGGCCGCUGCCAGCAGCUCUGCUUUGCCAUCCCAAACCAGGAAAAUCCCAAAUGUGGUUGUGCUCAUGGCUCACUGCUUGGUAAUGGAGUAACAUGUGGUUAUGGUCUAGAUGAAUUUCUAGUUUUCACCACAGACUACACCCUGAAUAGCCUGAGAUUAGACCCAGGCGAUCACAGCACCCCCUAUCCAACGGUGAACCUGGGCUACAACUUAAUGGCUCUGGAUUAUGACUUCAGGGAGAAGCGGAUUUUCUUUACCCAGUAUUUGGGUUUAGGUCGGAGCAAGAUUGGAUAUGUUAGCACAACAUCUGUCACCAGCCCUCCUGUUGUCAUUGCCUCAAACUUGGAUGAUCCAGAAGGACUUGCGUAUGACUGGAUCAACAAGCGUCUCUACUUCACUGACUACUACAGACGUAAUAUCCAGUCGAUGGGUGUGGAUGGGUCCAAUCGCACGAUUAUUGCACAUGCAAACUACCCCAGAGCCAUCAUUGUUGACCCGUGUUACGGUUAUAUGUACUGGUCCGACUGGGGCUAUCCGGCUAAGAUUGAGAGAGCAACGCUUGGUGGAAACUUCCGCAGCGCCAUCAUCAACAGCAGUCUAACAACACCAAACGGCCUGUCUCUGGACUAUGAGGAGAGGAUGCUUUACUGGGCUGAUGCGUCUCUAGACAAAAUAGAGCGGUCCACUUUAAAUGGCGAGAACCGACAAGUGAUCAUUCAGGGAGUCCAGUACCCGUUUGCCAUGACUGUCUUCCAACAGGACAUCUUCUGGACUGACUGGACAGAGAGAAAGGUUUUCAGGGCUGGAAAGGAUGAUGGUUCUGGAUUCGCAGUACUAGUUAAAGACAUGCAGUACAGACCAAAUGAUAUCCAUGUCUACGCCGCAUCCAAACAGGAGAGUUGCUCUAGUCCCUGUCAGCAGUUUAACGGAGGCUGUAGUCACAUCUGUGUUGCUGGUCCAGUGGGCCCGGAGUGCCAGUGUCCUCAUGACAGCAAUUGGUACCUGGCAAAUAAUGGGAAGGACUGCAUCAAAGACACGGGUAAACGUUGUCAGCCAGAGCAGUUCACCUGUCAGAAUGGUAACUGCAUCUCAGCUCGCUGGAAAUGUGAUGGCAAUGAUGACUGCCACGAUAACUCAGAUGAGCUGGAGAGAGUGUGUGCCUUCCACACCUGCUCGUCUGCAGACUUCACCUGUGCUAAUGGACGCUGCAUGCCUCUAAGCUAUGCCUGCGACUACACCGAUGACUGUGGUGACAACAGUGACGAGCAAGGCUGCCCCUUCCCCACCUGCAACCCUUCUACUGAGUUUACCUGCGCCAACGGCCGCUGCAUUAAUGCAGGCUUUGUCUGUGACGGCCACAACGAUUGUCGAGACAAUGCUACGUCUGAUGAAAUCAAUUGCUCUGACCGUACAUGUCCUUCUGGACAGAUCAAGUGUGACAAUACAAAUAUCUGCAUCUACCCUGAAAGCCUGUGUGAUGGCUUUAACAACUGUGGGGACAACAGCGAUGAGAAUCCUCUCUUCUGUGUGGGUCGCACAUGUGCUCCAGAUCAGUUCCGUUGUGACGAGGGAAAGUGUAUCCCUCAGUCUUGGGUUUGUGAUUCAAUCAGAGACUGUAAUGAUAAGACAGAUGAGCCCCCGUCUUGUGAGGAUCUAGUCAGAACAUGCAGUCCAGGCCAGUUUACGUGUACCAAUGGGAACUGUGUCCCUCAAUCACUUGUUUGUGAUGGCAACAAUGACUGCUGGGACAGCAGUGAUGAGGCUGCAGAGCUGCAGUGUGGCCAGCGCACUUGCAGUUCCGACCAGUUCGUCUGCCCCAUCUGGUACCCAGGCCACCCCCGGUGUGUGCCUCUAAACUUUGUCUGUGACGGUGAUAAAGACUGUGUCAACGCAGCUGACGAGCUCCAGAACUGUCCCAACCGGACCUGCCAUAUGAAUGAGUUUGCCUGUUCAAACGGGCUCUGCAUCCUCAUUCCAUUCCGCUGUGAUCGUGUGAAUGAUUGUGGCGAUGGCAGUGAUGAACUGGGCUGUAAGUAUGACACGUGCAGCAGCAACCAGUUCACUUGCCGUAACGGAGCCUGUAUCCCCACCUACUUCAUUUGUGAUGGAGAUAGUGACUGUAUGGAUGGUUCAGAUGAGGCAGACAGCUUGUGCGUCACACCUGAACCUACCUGCUCCCCUGAACAGUACCUGUGCCUAUCAGGAGACUGUAUCGACCUUCACAAGGUGUGCAACGGGCAAAAAGACUGCCAGGACAACAGCGAUGAAAAGGGCUGUGGAAUCAAUGAGUGUCUCAACCCAUCCAUCCACAAGUGCGCUCAGCUCUGCACUGACACCCUCACUAGUUAUUACUGCUCCUGCUACCCAGGCUACCGUCUCAUGCCGGACGGCAAAGCCUGCGAGGAUCUCAACGAGUGUGUUAGCACACCCGCUGUUUGCAGCCAGAUUUGUGAGAACACCGUUGGCUCGUAUCACUGCAAAUGUGCUCCAGGGUACAUCCGUGAGCCGGAUGGACGCACCUGCCGCCAGAACAGCGGCGUUGCCCCAUACCUGCUUUACAGUAAUCGCUACUACAUCCGGAAUUUAACCACAGAUGGGUCACAUUUGAGCAUAGUCCUGCAGGGGCUGUCCAACGUAGUGGGGUUGGAUUUUGAUCACUAUGAAAGGAGACUGUACUGGCUGGAUGUAGGAGCAGGAAAGAUAGAGAGAAUGCGCUUUGAUGGCAGUGAAAGAGAGACGCUUGUGUCUAACAAUUUAGGAGGAGCUGAAGGCCUGACAGUGGACUGGGUGGGAAGGAAAGUGUACUGGGUGGAUGGUUAUUAUGGCUCAAUUCACGUGAUGGAGUUGGAUGGACGCUACCAGAAGAAGCUGCUGUCAGAGCAUUUCACAAAUGGAAAUAACACAUAUAUUAUCAGCCGACCUCGUGCUGUAGCUGUCAAUCCCAAAUACGGAUGGCUCUACUGGACCGACUGGGCUGAUGCUGCUUAUAUUGGUAGAGCUGGUAUGGAUGGAUCAAAUGUCAGUGCCAUCAUCACAGCCAAACUGGAGUGGCCCAGUGCUCUGACCAUUGACUACACCACCAACAGGAUCUUCUUUGCUGAUUCACACCUCAACUUUUUGGACUUUGCAGACAUGGACGGUCAGAACCGGCACCGAGCCAUUGCCGGAACGCUCCCUCAUGUGAUUGCUGUUUCCCUGUUUGAAGACUGGGUCUACUGGACUGACUGGAACACACACACUGUAGAGAAAGCUCAUAAAUACACUGGCAAACAACGUGCAGUCAUGGGCAACAACACACAUCGACCGUAUGACAUCCACGUUUACCACCCCUACAGGCAACCUCGAAGUGAAAACCCUUGCUCAUCACAUUAUCUCACCUGCAGUCAUCUGUGUCUAAUUGCUCCCGGAGGGCAGCAAGCAACCUGCAAGUGUCCGGAUCACUUCAUCGGUUUAGCUAUUGGAUUCAAGAUCCAGUGUGUGGCCGACUGCUCCAGCACCCAGUUCCGCUGUGGGGACAACGAGAAGUGUGUUCCUAUAUGGUGGAAGUGUGACGGCCAAUCAGACUGUGGCGACGGCUCAGAUGAACCUCAGACCUGCCCGCCUCGUUACUGCCCCAUAGGCCAGUUCCAGUGUCGGGAUGGCAGCUGCACAUACCCCGGUUUCAUCUGCAACGGCCACCCAGACUGUCCCGACAGUUCAGAUGAGGAUGCGGCUCUUUGCAGUGAUCACCGGUGUGAGGCCAACCAGUUCCAGUGUAAAAACAAACAGUGCAUCCCCGUGUCCUGGCACUGUGAUGGUUUAAGUGACUGUUCCGACGGCAGCGACGAGGAUGCAGAGACUUGUGCUCAGAAGACUUGCCGUCCCGGACAGUUCCAGUGUACGAAUGGCCGCUGUCUGCCAUCGAAUUACUUCUGUGACGCCCAGGAUGACUGUGGAGAUGGAUCUGAUGAGCCACAUGAAAUCUGCAUGGGUCCAGACCACAAGUGUGACGAGGACACUGAGUUCUCCUGCAAGACAAACUACCGCUGUGUUCCUCAGUGGGCUCGCUGUGACGGCACAAAUGACUGUCUCGACAACAGCGAUGAGGAGGCCUGCGAAGAGAUGACCUGUGACCCUCUGGGAGAUUUCCGCUGUGACAACCACCGCUGUGUUCCCAUACGGUGGAAGUGUGAUGGCACCAAUGACUGUGGCGAUGGCUCAGAUGAGAGAAACUGUCAGCCAAGGCCGUGCUCUGAGAGUGAGUUUCGAUGUGACAACGAUCAGUGCAUCCCUGGAAACUGGCGGUGUGACCAUGAAAACGACUGUGGGGAUAACUCAGACGAACGAGACUGCGAGCUGCUGACAUGUCGACCAGGUUUCUUCCAAUGUGACUCGGGUCACUGCAUCCCCACGGCCCUGCAGUGUGACGGCCAGGCCGACUGUCUGGAUCUGUCAGAUGAGACCAGCUGUCCCACUCGUUACCCAGGAGGCCGUUGGUGUCCACCAAGUCAGUUCCAGUGCGCGAAUCGACUGUGUGUUAGCAUGAGCUGGUUGUGUGAUGGCUUUGACGACUGUGGAGACCGCUCUGAUGAGGAACUCAGUUUGUGCUUGAACAUCACCUGCGAGAUGCCAUCCAGGUUCCGCUGUGCCAAUGGCUACUGUAUCUACUCUGGGCUGCUGUGCAAUAAGAAGGACGACUGUGGAGAUGGCAGCGACGAGAAAGAAGAUCUUUGUCGUGACCCCACUCUGCCUCCCUGCACACUGGAAGAGUUCAAAUGUACCAACGGACACUGUGUGGCCCUGCCGUACGUCUGUGAUCAUAACGACAACUGUGGAGACCGCACAGAUGAAAUGGGCUGCAAUUUUGGACAGGAUCGAAACUGUGAGGAGAAGCUUUGCCAACAUGAGUGCACCAACCUGAACGGCACUGGCUUCAUUUGCUCCUGCAAACCUGGAUACAUGGUAAACCCAGACAGCACCUACACCUGCCUCGACAUUAAUGAGUGUGAAGAGUUUGGGAUCUGUCCUCAGGUCUGUAAGAACACCAAAGGCAGCUAUGACUGCGAGUGUGCACCAGGCUACAGAAAGGUGGGCAACGGCAACAUGUGCGAGGCGCAGGGUGCAUCUCCACUGCUGCUGCUACCAGAGAGCAUUCGUAUUCGGAGGUUCAACCUGCAGAAGGAAACCUACCAUGACUUCCUCCAAGAGGAGGAACGCAUCAUGGCUCUGGACUAUGACUGGGACCACAACAGCACUGGAUUCAGUAUGGUGUAUUUCACUGUCGCUGGCAAGGACGCUGUCUCAGGUGCUAUUAAGAGAGCAUACAUACCUUCAGUGGACGAUGGUAGUAACAACAUUGGGGCUGCUGUUGACCUUGGCAUCAAAUACAUCACCUCACCAGAUGGCAUUGCUGUGGACUGGGUUGGCAGAAACCUUUACUGGGCGGACUCCAGGCUUAAGAGGUUAGAGGUGGCCAUGUUGGAUGGACGCUACAGGAAACAUCUUGUCAAAACUGAGCUGGGUCUCCCUUCUGCUGUGGCGGUUAAUCCUCAUCUGGGGACGCUCUACUGGGCUGAUCGAGGCGACACGGCUAAGAUUGAGUGCUCUUGGCUGGAUGGACAGAACAGGAAAGUUCUGGUAGGCGAUGGUUUGGGUUGGCCCACUGGUCUGUCGAUCGACUUCACCAACGAUGACAGGAUCUACUGGUCGGAUUCCAAGGAAAGCCGCAUCGAGUCUGUUCUGCCCUCAGGAGAGCAGCGUAGAACUGCUGUUUUCAUAGAUGUGAAGAACCCAUUCAGCGUGUGUGUGUUUGAGGACCAUGUGUACUGGAGUACUCAGGAGAAAGGUGAGGUGUAUCGGCAGGACAAGUUUGGUCGUGGAAGCAAAACCAAGCUGCUGACAGCAGGACCCUGGCUGACUCAGAUCUCUGUGUUCCAGCAGCAGAGAUACAACUCCAUCAGCAUGAGGAAUCCAUGUAAAGGAACCUGCAGCCACCUAUGUUUGCUCCGACCUGGAGGUUACACCUGCGCCUGUCCUGAAGGCACCAGCUUUGUCCCUGGCAGCAACACUGAGUGCGAUGCAGGGUUCGAUCCUCCACCCACCAUGCCACCACCGUGUAAGUGUCAGAACGGAGGCACGUGUUACUUUGAUGACAACAUGGCUCUCUGCAUAUGUCCUCCAAACUGGAAAGGAGAAUACUGCCAGACCAGCGUUUUUAACACGGUUGCAUCUUCAGUCGGAAUAGCCAUUGGAGUGACGAUACUGGUUGUGGUGCUGCUGGUUUCUCUGGUCUUUGUUGCAAGGAGAAAGUCCAACCUGCUGCAAAGACUGCAGAGCAGUAUACCCAGUAUGCCAUCCAUGCCUAAUUUUUCAAAUUUCAGGAACGGUUACACCAAAAAUGGACCAAAACCAGACAACAGCGAUUCAAGUCAGACUGUAGAGGUUCCCUGCAUGUCCGUGUCCAUAGCUGAGACAGAGGGAAGGAGCUUUGAGAACCCGACGUAUGAAGAACAGCAGCAUGAUUCCAGAAGUGUGCCACCAGUUGCCUCUUCUCCUGCUGAAAUAAACAAGGAGAACGUUAUUAAUCCUUUAUAUGUGGAGGACGUUCAAGGUGUAGAAAAUCUCUCAACAAGUGCAUCUGGUCGCCCCGAUUUUACCACGGAAGUGUUAACAAACCCAGCUGAUGAUUCAGCUGAAGAAGGUGUUGAAGCCACUUCUGCACAGCCAUCUGAGUCACAGCAGUUAGAACCUACUGGACGUGAAAAUGCUGCAUCUUUCCAGAAUCCGGUAUAUCUAAAAUCUGACCCCGAUGUGUGACAGCACCACUACACCAAAGAUUAGAUGGUUCCAACCAUCAUUCAUUCUCACCAGAGGAGGCUGAAAAGAUUGCUCAGAAAGCUAAAUACAAACAAAUCAAAGAAGAAACAGCAGUAUUUACGGGUGUGACCCUAACAAUUGGAUAUAUUUUAAGCUGAUGCAUAAUAAAAUGUAGGUUCUCGAUUUAGUUUGUAUCAUUUUGUAAAUUUAGAUUUUGAGAAACUCCUAUUAUUAAACUUCCUUUUAUCAUUAAA